UGUUAUGGACGCACAAUGUUUGUUUGUUGUUGCAAACACGGCCGAGUGGCCAAGAAAAGCCCAGAAACACCGCUAGCCCAUCAGCACUCACUUUAUUAAAUCGAAUCGAUACCACCGAAGAUGAUCUCGCGCCGUGACAAAUUACUCCAGCAGCCCUGGGAGCAGCUGCGAUUUGCCCAGCACCGCGAGAAAGUCAUGUCCGCCCGUCCGGCCAUCGACUCCCAUACGCCCCGAGUCCACGAGCACGUUCAGCGCAAGUGGAAGAAGCAGCAGGUUGAGCGAGAGCGCCAGGAACAGAUCGAGCGGGAGAACCUCCGCCUCCUCCAGAAGCUGGGCGACAUUAUGCGCACCAAGCGCAUUAACAACCUCUGGCUGGAACCAAGGCCCAAUUUCCUCAAUCGUGAGAAGCUAUUCCCUACCCGCCCCUACUCCAGCCUGCCCGAAAUCGUUACAAUCUAUGGAAAGCAACCGCCAGGACCGCUCAUCUACGGCAUACUGCCCAAGCCAAAAGUGAUGGGCCGAUGCCCUACCUGUAUCGGGAAUCCGGAGCGUACUGAGGUGGCCAUACCGGAGCAAAGGACUCCUUGGGCGCCGGAGAGAAAGUCAUGGAACCGCAAAACCAGCGGUCAAACUAAGCAACACCGCUGUUACCACUGCGGCUCUGUCAAGAGCAGCGAACGCAAGUUUUUCGAGGAAUUCUCGUACUCCUACACAUACGACGAAUGAUGAAGCCAGACGGCAAGUAAUAAAACGAAAUGCAAGUUUAUUCUUCACGCCUUGGGUAUAUUU